UGUAAUGGUGGGGAUUAUUGAUUAUUUUGAGGAGUCUCUUAACUGUCAAUUCUCCCUCGCUCCCUCCUCCCUCCCUCCCUCUCUCUCUCUCCUCUCCUCUCCUCUCCUCUCCUCUCCAUGGCUGAAGGCACCUCUUCCAAACCCUAAAAGAUUCAUCAAAUCUAUGCGUUUUUACAUUAUCCUAAAUAUGAGAUACACUAUACAGUUUCUGUUUUUGGAAUGAUACCAGGACCUGUUUGUUGUAUUGCUCAUAGAGAGACAGAGAAGAAGAAUAGCAUUAUCUCUGGGUCGGGUAUUGAAGGUUUCCGUAUCGGGGUGAGCUCGAUGAUGGUUUCUGAUCCUGAUCUGGUACAGUAUGCCUGCAUUGCAAAGGGAACAACGGUCCUCGCUGAAUUCAAUUCCAGGGAUGAAAGCCUCGGAUCAAUCGCCGCGAAAUGCCUGGAGAAAACGCCGCCGUUUCAUUCCACCUUCACUCACACCGUUAGGCGUCAAACCUACAGCUUCCUGAUCCACGAUCCUUUUGCUUAUUUCGCCAUUUUUGAUGAAAAUAUGGAGAACUUUGAGGGGUUGGCAUUUCUGAGAAGGGUGAAGGAAGCUUUCGAUGUGGUUUACAAUGGGGAUUUGGGGAAAAGGAAAUUGGAACGUUUGACUUCCCAUUGUUUUCAGGGUGAAUUUAAUCCGGUUUUCCAUCAAUUGGUGGGUCCUGGGCCAGAUAUGGACAGCCCGGAUUCGCCGGUCGGGGGGCGAUUAGUGGAAAGCGGGGUUAUGUAUUCCGAUUCGGGUUCUCUGAGGGGAAGACCAAAUGGGGAUUUUGGAAAGAGCUCGAAGAAGAAGAGGCUAUUUGGUGAAUUCAAAACGGGUGAUGGCAGAAGGGUAAAUGGGAGAAGAGAUUUCGAGAAGAAGCUUGAUAAGAACAACAAUGAUGAUCAUGAGGGGGGAGACGGAAUCGGAAUGAGCCGGGAGUAUUCGCUUGUAAUGCACAAAAAUGGGUUGUGCUCUGGAGAAUUAAUGGGACACCAUAAGGCUAAGAAAGUCUGGAAAAAGCAAGUUUGGGUUGUUUUAUCGCUCGAUUUGUUCGUUUGUGCUAUCUUGUUCAUCGUCUGGUUGUGGGUUUGCCGAGGCUUCAAAUGCAUUGACAGUUGAAUUUUAUUCAGAAAAUUGUGUGUUCUUCGAUCCAUCUUGAUGAUCUGCUGUUGAAAUGGAGUGGCAGAUUAUGGUGGCGAAGGUACCGCUGUAAUAUAAGGUUAGUCUGGCUUAUGCUGGUAAUGUUUUGAGUUUCCUUUAUGACAACAUUAAAGUCUGUAAUAGUAAAAGGAUAAGAUGAUGUGGUUGUUAUGUCUGUACACUAUUUCAUUGGAUGCUUUAAGAUUGCGUAUAAAACAUAUUAUAGGAUUAAAGAUUGUGCCUUUAUAGUGGUUUAA